CUGCAAAACCACACUCACAAAAGUUAAAACCCUGUCCAGAAACACUGCUCUCUCUCUCUCUCUCUCUCUCUCUCUCUCUCAUACAAACAUACAGAGAGAUUUUAUAAAUAUUCCCCACCUCUUCUUCAAUUCUUUCCCGCAUAUUUUAACAGACCAUCUGACAGAAAAAACGAACACGCUAGUACAUAAACAGGCAGGCAUCACCCAGAGAUCCCACACCAAGGAAGAGACGUAGCACCAAGAACACCCACUUUCCUAUUCACUCUCCUGAACGGCAAUGCUGCCUUACACCACCGUGGAAGCGGCGGAAGCCGCACUCGGUAGAUCCCUCUCGGCGGCGGAGACCCUGUGGCUCAACUACUCCGCCAACAAGUCUGACUACUUCCUCUACUGCCACAACAUCCUCUUCCUCUUCAUCAUUUUCUCUGUUUUCCCCUUUUACUACCUUUUUCUUGAGUAUUUCUUCCAGAAAUAUGUUGGGCCUUACAAAAUCCAGCCCAAAGUGACGCUCUCCUUCUCUGAUACCCUUCGAUGCUACAAAUCUGUGAUGCGCAUGUUCUUCCUCGUUGUGGGUCCCCUCCAGCUCGUUUCCUUCCCUUCCAUUAAGUUGAUAGGGGUAAGAACAAGCUUGCCAUUGCCUUCUUUCUGGGAAAUUGUGGCUCAAUUGGGGGUUUAUUUCAUCGUGGAGGACUAUACAAACUAUUGGAUCCAUAGGUUUCUGCACUGCCAGUGGGGGUACGAGAAAAUUCACAAGGUGCACCAUGAGUACACCGCGCCGAUUGGGUUUGCGGCGCCAUAUGCUCACUGGGCUGAGAUUUUGAUCCUCGGGAUUCCGUCAUUUCUUGGGCCCGCGAUGGUCCCCGGCCAUAUGAUUACAUUCUGGUUAUGGAUUGCUCUGAGGCAGAUUGAGGCUAUUGAGACUCACAGUGGGUACGACUUCCCUUGGACUCCGACAAAAUACAUUCCCUUUUACGGCGGUCCAGAUUACCAUGACUACCAUCAUUAUGUAGGUGGACAAAGCCAGAGUAAUUUUGCAUCAGUAUUCACGUAUUGUGAUUACCUCUACGGCACUGACAAGGGAUACCGCUAUCAAAAGAAAGUCCUUCAGCAGUUGCGGGAGGGAGUGAAAAGCAAUGGAACUAUGCAUGAGGUAUCUGCAGAAAGUCAGAAAGUGGACUAGUUCCGGUGUGGAGCUCCUAAUGGCCUUGUUAUCACUAGUCCACAUUACUUGGCUUGUUAUCAUCCGUAAAUAUAGGUAGAAUGCUUGUGUGGAUGCUAUUCUCAUAUGAUGUUUGUAGGACUUUGUGAUCAUCCCAUGCAAUCUUGGGGAAGACCGGACUAUGUUAGAAUAAAAUUUAAGGCUUGUACUGUACUGUACUGUACUAUAAUGUGUUAGUACUUGGGUUUUGGAUUCAUUAGCUGUUACAAAAUUCAA